CCGCGCUCCUCCUCCAUUCACUCCCUGGCGAAGAUGGCGGACGGCGAAAAUAAACGGGCCGAACCCGCCGACGCCGCUGAGCCGCUUCUGAAGAGACCGAGACUUCUGGACCCGCCCGGUGAUUUGGAGCACAGCGCAGGCGGCGGAACCGAGCCGGUGGAGGCAGAACCGGCGCUGUUGGACGAGUCCCAUCAGGCCUCACUUAACAACAACAACAACCACACUGAACCCGGACAGACCGCCGAACCAGAACCCGAGCUUUCCGACUUAACUGACGAAGGUGUUCAUCCCAAUGGUUUCACAUCUCCUGAUCUUCACGAUGAUGAUGACUGCUCAUCUCGCGCCAGCUCCAGUGACUGGACGCCUCAACCACAGAUUGGCUCCUAUCGGUUCAUUCAGCAGCACAUCGUGAGAGGAACCGACCCGAGGGCCAUCUUAAAAGACUUGCUUCCCGAAACGGUCCUUCCGCCAGAUCUCGACGACAUGACGCUGUGGCAGAUCAUCAUCAACAUCUCAGAACCGCCCAAAAGAAAGAAACGCAAAGACAUCAACACAUUAGAAGACGUCGUCCGGCUCCUGAACGAAAGGAAGAAGAUACUUGUGCUCACAGGCGCUGGGGUGUCUGUUUCUUGUGGGAUUCCUGACUUUCGAUCUAGAGAUGGCAUAUAUGCUCGACUCGCUGUGGACUUUCCUGACCUUCCUGAUCCUCAAGCCAUGUUCGACAUAGACUACUUUAGAAGAGAUCCAAGGCCUUUUUUCAAAUUUGCCAAGGAAAUCUACCCAGGACAAUUCCAGCCGUCUCCAUGUCACCGGUUCAUAUCAAUGCUGGAUAAGAAGGGAAGGUUACUGAGGAACUACACUCAGAAUAUCGACACACUGGAACAGGUGGCUGGAAUCCAGAAAAUCAUUCAGUGUCAUGGUUCUUUUGCAACUGCUUCCUGUCUUGUCUGUAAACAUAAGGUUGAUUGUGAAGCCAUAAGGGAGGAUAUAUUCAAUCAGGUUGUUCCUCACUGUCCAAGGUGUCCGUCAGAUGUCCCGUAUGCCAUCAUGAAACCAGACAUUGUCUUCUUUGGCGAGAACCUUCCAGAGUUUUUCCACAGAGCUAUGAAGCAGGAUAAAGACGAAGUGGAUCUUCUCAUCGUGAUCGGCUCCUCGUUGAAAGUGCGGCCAGUGGCUCUCAUACCCAGCUCUAUACCUCAUGACGUGCCUCAAGUCCUGAUCAACCGCGAGCCGCUGCCGCACCUGAACUUCGACGUGGAGCUGCUUGGAGACUGUGACGUCAUCGUGAACGAACUCUGCCAUCGUCUGGGUGACGACUUUGAGCAGCUGUGCUACAACUCGUCCCGUCUCAGCGAGAUCACAGAGAAACCGGCCGCUCCGUUACAGACAUCCGCUGAGAGCCCGUCCACAGACGCACAGGGGCCUGAAGAUCACGCUCAGCCCGUCACAGGAGCCUCCGAGGACGUCCCAAUCACUGAAUGUCAAAAUUCACUGUCUCCCAAGAAGGAGGAAACGGAAACCGCUUCUUUCCCAGCAGCGAGAAGAACAAGCCCUCAUCCAGAGCCGUUACCGGAAACUAAUAUGGACGAGUUAGACUCCAGCCCAAAAGAACAUUCUCCAAAGACGGCGAGUCCCUGUCCGGAAAGGAAAGCAGCGUGUGAUGGUACAGAAGCACUGGACACUACUGAUGACGGGAAGGAGGAAGAAACAGCAGAUCGCCAACUUGUUGAAAUGCGCAGACGGUGCUGGAGAAGCCGAAUCUGUCAGAGUCCAAUUAGCAAACGACUCGGAGCCUCGCAGUAUUUAUUUCAAGCACCGAACCGCUACAUUUUCCACGGCGCCGAGGUUUACUCGAGUUCAGAGGACGAAACGUCCAGUUCCUGCGGCAGUGACAGCGACGGCUCUCGCUGCAGCGCGGACGCUUUCGAAAUUGAAGACAGCGACGGAGAGGAAGACGGCACGCCGGUGACGGACAAAGACACAGACGGCCUCGCAGAGACAGUACAGGACAGUGAACACAAACGCCUUCAAACAGACUGCACAGCAGAAACAGACCUACAAACCACACAAUAACUCACUAGCACUAGUUGUAUUUAAUGUGCUCAAGUCUGUUUUAUAUAUUUUUGUAUUUCCUCCCUCCUAAACGCCCUGUUAUGUCUUCUAAUGCAUGCGACGACUUUCUUUUGUUCGGCUUAUAAAACUUUCUUUUGUUUUACCACCAGUCUGUUUGUAUUUUUGCAUUUUUAGAUGUAAAAUAUAUGUUUAAAUCCGGUGAAUGUUUCUGCCUGAGAGUUGAACUUGCCAUGUAAUUGCUUGGGAUAAAAAAGGGAAUGAUUUUCAAACCAAAGA